AUGAGUUCAGCCGACAUUACAGUCCAACAGUCCAAGGCUCACCUUGCUGGCGAUGUUGAGAGGGUUGAAGACAUUGAUGGCAAGACUGCCACGACGUCUCCCUUUACACUUGAGGAAGAGAAGAAGUAUCUCCGGAAGAUCGACCUCUGUUAUGAUAAGGGCGUCAUGAGCGCCGCCACGCAAUUUGGCUUCAGCCAAGACCUGAAGCUGACAACCAUCAUUGGCCACGAGAAGGACGGCACUCCCAUCACGGACAACCAGAAGUACGCCAACGCCUCCAUGAUGUUCUACAUUGGCUACUUGAUCGGCACCUACCCAAUGAUGUACCUAACGCAGCGCUUCUCCAUCUCUCGUGUUGUUGCCUCUGCGACCUUGUUGUGGGGAGCUGUGCUCAUGUCUACUGCCGCAUGCUACAACUACCCGGGCAUCAUGGUCAACCGACUAUUCCUCGGUAUUCUGGAGUCAGCCGUCGCUCCAUCUUUCACCGUGCUGGUCACCUUCUGGUGGACUCGGGAGGAGCAGGCUCUGCGAACAUCGCUCUGGUAUGCCUGCCCCAUGUUUCUCAUUCUCGGCGCCGUUACUAUCUUGUGGUCCGCUGUUCUAUUCUUUUGCCUCCCUGACAACCCGAUGACAUCCAAGCGCUUGACCGACGCCGAGAAAGAGAUGGCAAAGUAUCGCCUCCGGAGAAACAAUGCUGGAGCCAUCAGCCACGAAUUCAACAAGGCUCAGUUCUUCGAGGCCUUUCGUGACUACAAGGUCUAUAGCAGCGCUCUCAUUGUUAUGCUCACCGGUGUGCCAUCUGGCGCCCUCGGAACCUUUGGCACCAUGGUCAUCAAUGGCUUUGGUUUCAAUCACUUCGAUUCUCUGGCUUUGACAUGCCCUAUUGGUGCCGUCACUGCCCUUACCAUUCUCAUUGUUGGUGCUAUCACCCGCAGGUGGCGCAAUACCCGAUACCUAUGCAUCGUUGUCUGCGCCUCUAUCUCGAUCGGCGGAACUCUGAUCUGCUGGCUGGGACCAAGGGAUAAUAAAGGUCACUUAUUUGCAGGGAUCUUCCUCGUUGCCAUUCAAGUCGCCUCCGGUGGUCUGGCCAUUGGUCUGUCGGCAUCCAAUAUUUCAGGCCACACCAAAAAGUCAACUGCUAGUGCUUCGACCUUUGUUGGAUACUGUGUUGGAAACGUCAUCGGCCCUGUCAUCUUUGGCGCAUCUCCUGGCCCCAGAUAUCGUGCAGGGUUUACUGGUGGCUGUAUCUGCCUAUGUGGCGUGGUUGUCAUUGCCACGGCUACAUGCUUUUUGCUGCGCAGAGAGAACAUGAAUAGGGACAAGAGAACCGGCCGUCAUUCAGAUAUUCUGCAUGAUGUUGACGAGGAUCUUACGGAUAUGGAGAAGAUGGAUUUCAGAUACGUCUUGUAA